UGUAUUUGUUUUUAUUAUGUUUUCUGACAAUGUCAUUUUAUUUUCAUAUUGCAUUACAUUACGCCGAUGAAAAAUAUUUCUGCAAAAAAGUCUGAUCCAAUACGUUUCUGUAAUAACUUACUCAUUUCAUAGAUAUGGCUACACAAGAUGGGUCGCCAAAAUAUGCCUACAGAGUUCCGGAGAAAUUGAUAAAAAAUGCAAUGGACAUGGCUAAAUGGGAGCAAUCAGAGGCCUAUUACGAUCUGCUGGGAUUCAUAAGUACAAUGUGCGUGUCACUGCAGGCCACCAAACAAAGCCAAUCGGUCGAGAUAAACCCGGUCAUUCAAAAGUUCAUUGAUGCGUUGAAGCGACUGGAACAGAUGGCCAUCGAAACUCCACCGGUAGAUCAACCGGCCAGAUUUGGAAACGUAGCAUACAAGACCUGGUUUCAGAAGAUGCAGAACGAGAGUUUAGGUCUCGUCAGUGAUGCCCUACCAGAUCAACUGAAAGAAGCUGCUCCGGAACUGAAUCUCUAUUUCGUGGAGUCGUUUGGUAACGCAACCAGAAUAGACUACGGAACCGGGCAUGAGCUUUCGUUUUUAAUGUUUUUGAUGUGCCUAUUCAAAAUUGGGGCAGUUGAAAGGAAGGAUGAGGUUGCGAUUGGCUUGCGUCUAUUCCAUCAGUAUUUGAAUUUUGUGCGGAAACUGCAGGUGACUUAUCGAAUGGAACCAGCGGGCAGCCAUGGUGUGUGGAGUCUUGACGACUUCCAGUUUGUACCGUUUAUUUGGGGAAGUGCUCAACUUGCCGUAAAUAGUCCCAUCGACCCAGCGAAAUUUGUUGAAGAUAAUACAAUCGACGAGUACAGGAAGGAGUUUCUUUUCAUUGGUUGUAUCGAUUACAUCAGACAGGUGAAAACUGGUCAUUUUGCCGAACAUUCGAACCAGUUGUGGAGUAUAAGUGCAGUGCCGUCUUGGGCAAAAAUAUCCACUGGCCUGAUUAAGAUGUACCAGAAGGAGGUUCUGUCUAAGUUUCCCGUCAUUCAGCACGUUUAUUUCGGCUCUAUUCUUACGCUGAAUCCGGUAAAACCAGGUACAAAACUACCAAAUCCUCGGUUGGGUCAGCUCCCACGGCAAAUGGCUCCUCCGGCACCGCCCAAGUUUGCAGAAGGAGAAAAUCAAUGAAAUAGUUGUAGGAUUAUAUUGUUUAUUAAACGUACUGAGGAAAUUAAUCAAUAAAAGUUUCAACGAGA